GACUCCAACACCCUGCCCCCGGUCGAUCACCGCCGCUUCCGCCAGCGCUGCACUUGCCCGCCCCGCGCAGCAAGCACUCCCUUUUUUUCUUCGAACACACAACACGUCCGCCAUUGUGUUGACAUAGCACUACGUCAUGAAGACCAUUCAGGAACAGGUUGGUGGGCGCCCGCUCAGCGCGGUAACGCCGGAGAAGACCAUGGACGUCCCGAUCGGCCAGGCGACGGUAGAUGACGAGGGCGCGCAGCAGCUACGGGAAGCAGGAGGAGCAGCGAUGCCCCCUGAUUUGACCAUGAAGUGUAUAUUAGAGGCUUGGAACGUGCUUCCAGCCGAGACGAGGAGCGAGCUUAAGCGCCUCCUGAUCGAGUCCGAGACCAGCAGCGGGGUGCCUGGGGGCGACACCGCCGGAGGAAGUCUCAUAGAGGACGAGGAGUCCUUCCAGCCCCUCAAUGGUCACGACUACGCCAAGCCGGAGCCGUUGGCGCGCGCCCCUAAGAACGUGUUCGUUUUCCGCGGCAAGCAGCAGCAGGUGUUGGGGUGGCGCAACGUUUUCGACCUCCCCAUCCAGUACGAUGUGGAGCUGUGUCCUGGCCUGCUGUCGCGGGAGUCGGCGACGCUGUCGAACCGUUUCCGGCCGGAGGACGGGCCUCGCCGCCGCUUCGUCGUUAUCGACGAGGCAGUGUCUGAGGUUUACGGCGCUAAGAUGUCCGCCAACUUCGACAACCAUGGCGUGGAGGUCCGCUACGUCGUGCUCCCUGGCGAGGAGAAGAACCGCGUCGGAACGUUCUACGCGCCGGUCGGGGCCUUUCUCGACAAGUCCUUCAUUGCCACCCAGGAUGAGCGCAACAUUAUCAACGGCCUCGGAGAGAUCAUGAAGCUGGCGCUGGUGCGGUCCACGGAGCUGUUCUCGCUCCUCGAGCUGCACGGUGCCCGCCUCGUGCGCGAGCGCUUUCAGGGAGCGGAUGGCGUGUCGGACCGCGUGAUCGAGCUGUCGGUGCAGAUCAUGCUCGAGGAGCUAGGCCCCAACCUCUGGGAGCACAAGCUGGAGCGUUGCGUGGACUACGGGCACACGUUCAGCAAGAUCAUCGAGAUGGAGCCCGCGGCUGACAUCAUGCACGGAGAGGCCGUCAACGUGGACGGCUUCCUGUGCCUUGUCAUCGCCAAGCGGCGCGGCAUGAUUACCGAGGCGGUGCUCGACCGUGUGUUCCGCGUGAUGAAGAGCAUCGGCCUGCCCACCAUCCACGAGAGCGUGCAGCUCGCGCCGAUGGUCAAGGGUCUUGCGGACGCCGUCGAACACCGCCACGGCAAGCAGCGCGUGCCGCUCCUCAAGGGUGGCAUCGGCUCUUCCGUGUGCGUGAACGACAUCAACCCUGACGAGCUCAAGGGGGCCAUCGCCGAGGCCUGGGCCCUGCAUGGCGACAGCGAGGACGCAAAGCCUUAGUUAAGGUGUGAGGCGUUCUUGGCGAAGCAUGCGUGUUUGUUCCUCCGUGGGGAUGAGCUUUUUGAGCAAAAGGUGUGUGUAGACAAAGAGUCUGGGUGGGGGGCAUGCAAUGCGUCCGCUUGUUCCUCCGUGGGGACGAACUUUUUGAGAGAGCAAGGUGUGUAGACAAGAGAGUGUGGAUGGGGAGUUUUGGCG